AUGUCCACAGCUGGAAAGGUCAUCAGAUGUAAAGCAGCAGUGGCCUGGGAGCCCAACAAGCCUUUGGUGAUUGAGGAGAUAGAAGUCGCUCCACCUCAGUCCAAUGAGGUUCGAAUCAAGAUUGUGACAACUGCUUUGUGCCGUACAGACUUGUACUUUCUCUCAGAGAGUACAACUAAGUACACCUUUCCAAUGGUACUCGGCCAUGAGGCGGCUGGCAUAGUGGAAAGCGUCGGACCUGGAGUCACUGAAUUCAAACCAGGAGACAAAGUGAUCCCUGUGUUUCUUCCCCAGUGUCGGGAGUGUCGCUUCUGCAAGAGUCCUAAGACGAACCUGUGUGAAAGAUCUGCGCCCCUGGCUCAUGUGGACGGGAUGCCAGAGCCAGUUUCCAGGUUAACCUGCAGGGGUAAGAAGCUGCUGCAGUUUGCAAACACAAGUACUUUCUCUGAGUACACUGUGGUGAACCAGAUCGCCGUGGCCAAGAUCGACCCCGAGGCUCCUCUGGACAAAGUCUGCCUCAUUGGAUGUGGAGUCUGCAGCGGGUACGGAGCAGCGCUCAACAAUGCCAGGGUGGAGCCGGGCUCCUCGUGCGCCGUGUUCGGCCUGGGAGCUGUGGGUUUGGCUGCAGUCAUGGGAUGCAAAGCUGCAGGAGCCAAGACAAUCAUUGCUGUUGACACCAAUCCAGACAAGUUCCACAAGGCCAGAGUGCUUGGUGCUACUGACUUUGUGAACCCCAAUGAUCACGAUAAACCCAUCAGCCAGGUGCUGAGUGACAUGACCAACGGGGGAGUGGACUACUCCAUUGAGUGUGUUGGGAACGUAGAGGUCAUGCGCAGCGCGUUGGAGUCUUGUGUGAAAGGCUGGGGCGUCAGUGUGAUCGUUGGCUACACAGACAUGCAUGACUUUGCUGCCCGCCCCAUUCAGCUCUUAUCUGGAAGAACAUGGAAGGGCUCAAAGCUUGGAGGCUUUAAGAGUAAAGACGGCGUGCCUGAGAUGGUGAAAGCCUACAUGGCCAAGAAGUUAAACCUGGAGGAGUUCAUUACUCACAAAAUGACUUUGAACCAAGUCAACGACGCCAUCGAACUGAUGGAGCAGGGAAUCGGCAUCCGGACAGUCCUGAGUGUUUCUCCACAACAAUAG